AUGCCGACAUGCAGGAAGAAUCUUCGCGCGAAGAUUCGAGAAGAGCCGUACAACGGACUCAGACUCAACAAGAAGCAGCCCUUUGUUACCAGUACCCUCGUGGUCGAUAACACGGCUUACAUCUCCUCUUCUCUCAAGGGCGGCCCGUUUCUAUAUCUGCUUAAUGGGGAGACAGACCCCAAUAAGAGCCGCUAUACGGACUUGAAUCCAAAGCUUGAAAUCACCGAGGUGCAGAGAGCUUUGACAAGGUGCCAAUUGGCCAAAUUUACAGAAGAGGGUGUCAAUCCAGGUCAUCGGACCGGCGCCAACUGCGGCGAGCAAAUGGCGGCUCUCGCAUUCGUCACAACUCAAAGCCAGCGAAGCCUGAAAGGAGCCAAAAUUAUCUCAAUACAGGGGAAAAAAGACAACGCAAGUGUUGCGCCACCAUGUGGUGACCCAAAGGGUAACCUGAUUUUCACGGGAGAAUGGGGUUGUCAUGACUUUACUUCGGAGAUCGGUAUGGGUAUGACGGUGAUUAAGAGUAAGGAUCGAAAGGCAAGGGAUGUAUCACCGCAAGAUAUCGCGAUUACAUAUGCGGUUUACCCUUGA